AUGGACCGAAAGAUUCCGGAGCCGGUUCCGGCGGCCGGCACACUCAGUGUGCGCCGGCAGAGUCCGGUGCGGCGCUACCAGGAUCAACCAUUGCGGCAGAGGGCAGCACCGGCGCCUGUUAGUGUGGAGCGAGGGGAAAGUUUUCUGCGCCCGGCACCGGUGGCCAAAAAUGCCGGCUUCCGUAGUUCCGGGAACUUUUCGGAUGCCACGGCGGCGUCCUUUGCCUAUAUGGAUCAACCGGCGCCGCCGGUAUAUGCUUUCCCCGAUAAACUGCAGAAAAAGCAGAAUCUGCGGCAUCGAUCAAUGUCCGAACAUAAUUUAAACCAACCACCGUUGGAUUCGCAGUCGACUUUUCAGUAUGAAGACCCACAUCCGGUGAAACCGUCAAAGAGCGUGGAAAGUCUAACGGAGAGUGUGCAUAAAGAGAAGUAUCAUGGCCCGCUAAUUGUUACGAAUCGCCCGUAUAAAACCAGUACCGAACGGGUUACGAAGACCAAUUUGAUACCGUAUGGAAAACAGGAUGGAUUUCAGCGGCCGGUGAGGAAUACUGCACGGGUCCGCUCACCGCGCAGCAGCAUAUAUGACAAAGUGGGGAGCGGUCAUUAUAGCAGCACCCCAGUGUUAGCCAGCACCAACAAGCCCGCCGGCAUGUAUUCCCGUAACGCUCCACCGCUUAAACCCCCGCGCAGCUACGGUGUCGACUGGACAGCACCCAGCACCGACCGCGACUCCGACCUGCAAUCAUCCGUUGAAGAACGCAUUCGCCUCCCAGCCGAACGCCCACUGGAACGUUCGCGCGCCGAAAUCGACCUGCGAGCCGCCACCGACCGCAGUGACCUUUACAGUGAGCCACUCAGCACUACGGCAGACGAAGCGGUGCACCGCGCCCAGUCUCCCAUCCACGAGCGCUUCCACGGACAUGUCAUUCAGGGUAAAUCGGAAGUCGAGAAGCUUGUACCGGAAGUGAAGCGGACCGGAUCCACGGUGCAGAGCGUGGAUAUGGCGGCGCGCACCCGCACCCGUAUGGCGGCCAAUGAUUACGCCAACCGGCGCUAUCAGUCGGCGGCGGCCGGGGUCAAUCAGAUUCCGGUGGAGAAGCCGCGGAGGAUGAUCCCGCGGGAGAGCCGUCCCAUCGAAAGAGACAGUGCAAAACACUAUACCAGUUCAUAUCGCAUGGAGAUGCAGAAUCCACCGCCUGGCCCGUCCGGUGGCGUGGUGGCGGAACGGAGCCGCUUUUUCAGUGAUUUACCGGGAAUGCGAAAAGAGUAUGCUGUGCGUCGAUGAAAACCAGCGUCUUCAUGAUAAAUCCGCAGAUUUUUUAACGAACGGAAUAUCAUAUAAUUAACCAAUGUAAUAAUUUAGCUUUCAAAUGGAAUAUCGCGCUUCUGCUGUUUUUCAUUGUCUUCCAUGACGACUGCCGUUUUUCUGUGCAGACUCGUUGGAUGCUGAUGUGCAGAACUGUAUAACGUGAUCGAUUUAUCAUUUUCUCUACUGAGUACGGCUUGUGUUCGCUGCAUAACCGACUUUUAGUUAUAAAAAUGUGUGGUAGCCUAACAUUAAACCAUAACCGAUUGCGCUUUGCAUUUAUUUUACAUUAUGAUAAUGACAUUGUAAUUUAUUGGGCAGCUAUGCUUGAAUUGUGCGCCGGCCAGGUAAAUGUACGUAAUA